CAGGUCUUGGGUUUUAGAGAGCGUGUUUACAGAGACUAGCACUGCGUGGUUUGCUGUCAUAGUCUACAGACUCUGUAAUCAGGGUGGUGUGUUCAGUACCCGGUCUAGCGUCAUCAUUGUCAAAUGGCAGGAAAAGCACACAGACUGAGUGCUGAACAACGAGAGCAACUUCUUCCCAACCUCCAAACAGUCGGUUGGUCUGACGUCGAAGGAAGAGAUGCCAUUUAUAAAGAGUUUAUCUUUAAAAACUUUAACCAGGCUUUUGGAUUCAUGACACGAGUGGCACUACAAGCAGAAAAAAUGGAUCAUCACCCAGAGUGGUUCAACGUUUAUAACAAGGUCCACAUAACACUGAGCACACACGACUGUGGAGGGUUGUCUGAGCGAGAUAUUAAGCUGGCUACCUUUAUUGAAGAAGCUAAGGUUUCACAUUGAAAUCCGGAGGCAUGUCUGUGGUUGCUGGUACCAAAUGGCCUGGAGUCUUCAGUGAGAUUUAUUUCAAAACAGAACUCAUAUGCUCUGAAGACAUUUUGAAGGCUGGAAAAUGUCUGAAAUUUACCACAGAUUAAACUAGAAUCAUUAUUUUAAAUUGGAAUGAUCAGAGCCAGUUUAUGUGUUGCUGUAUGAACGUACAUACUGGUACUGAGAGGAAACAUUUUGUGCUAUGUGAAUAAAAUGCAAAUCAAUGUAGACAUGACUUCAGACAAUUCAAGGUUAAAUUGUUCCCAAAUUGUAAAUACUUGGAAGACUAGACAGCAAAUGUGGUGUUAUACUACUGUCAGCGACACACUCAAAUACAGAAAGUUAGGCAAA